AUGGAAAGGAGGCUUGUGAAGCAGGAGGUGGAAAGGCUGCUGGGAGAGUAUAUUGGAAUCAGACUUCGGGAAAAUGAAUUUGAUCCUAAAGGAAGAGGCCAACUCACCUUUCUAGAUGAUAUGGUAAAGCAAGUCAUGGCCCACUAUGACUUGGCCAUCAGAGUUGCUAGUCAAUGGCUAGAUAGCUCAGAAAACUCAGCUUGGCUCCAGUGGGACAAAGUGAGAGCACCACUUCAUGUCAGACCUGUGUAUCCAAACCGAAAAGAGCGAGAAGCAAUGAUCUUAUCAUCUUACGCUGGAGUCUUAAUGAACAGUAUCCCAAUUGAAGAAGUCCUUAGAAUUUACGGGGCCGAUUCUUCUGCCAGUCCUGAUUCUACCAAGGUCUCCCAGGCCCUGUUGCCCCGCCGCUCCUUGCACCCUUUCGCCAUGUUGACCGCACCCAGAGCAGCAGAGUGCAACCAGAGGCAGAGUGUCAAGUUGAGAAGAGUAGCAAUGAAUAAAAAAGCCACCAGCAGCUCUACAAAGAAAGCAACGGCACAGCAUGGAGAUCCUGCCGCAAAAGGCACUCAUACACACACCCCAAGAACAAACAUCUCCCCAACUCCUGUCCUUUCUUCUGCCUGGUCCACCCACUCCUCAACUGUUAUGUGGAAGAAUUUAGACUCAGCUCUUGGACAGAUGGGGCUGGAGGGAAAGUAGAAGGAUUGUGUGGCCUUUACCGUCCUCCUCGUAUUUACUACAGCUCUGAGUUCUCAAGACAUGUACAAGGUGAAAAUAAACAGAAGUCAGAGAGACUAGGUCGGUUGACUUAACAGCAGCUGAGUUUGGAGACCUCCAGAGGGGAAGCUGGGAGUCUGGGGAGGUUUAGGGAUCUGAGAUCCAGAGAAUGGAAGACUCCAGAUGAGCUGGAGGGUCAAGGGGUAGGAAAGAGAAGAGUUUGGAACUGAGUGACAAGUCUGUGUUUGUAGUUGGAACCUAAAAUGAAAUUUCCACUCACUCGCUUGCUGUGCCAUGCGCAUUUUGAAUGUGCAUCGCUAAAUCAGCUGAACCAUAUGGUGCUUAAGAUUCGUUUAGUCUUCAGAAAUAGGCAGAUUGAUUGAUUAGAAAUGUAACCAACACCACACACACGCAUACACACAUGUAUAUACACACUAUACAUACACACAUAUAUAUGUAUACUACAUGCAUACACAGACACACAUACAUACA